AUGACAGCUCGAUUUGAUCCACGUUAUGGGGAUCGUCGAGCUUUCGAAAAACAACGUGUGUAUUCUCCUGUUUAUGAACGAAAUGAAGCAAAUGAGGACUAUCGCACACGAUCAUAUAGUCUUGCAUCAAGCACGAAGGAGGGAAGCUGCUUACCAUGGUUAAAAUACGGCAUAUUUGCUGCCAACAUUGUGUUCAUGGUAGUCGGCAGUAUCCUUUUGGCCAUGGGUGUUUGGUUGCGCACUGAUAGCAGGUUCCGGGAUUUUCUCAGUGAAAGAUAUCGGCAAGUAGUUGAAGAAGCGUUUUGGGAAGCUCCAACAUUAUACGCUUUCUCCUAUAUCACGAUCAUCUUAGGAUGCUGCAUGAUUGUCGUUGCUUUUUUUGGUGAGUGCUUUGCAUUUCUAUUCGAAAAGAAUUUGUCCACUUCUCGUUUGCUUUCGAAACUGCAAACCUGUCAUUAGAA